AUGGCGGGGGAAUUCCCUCUUAACAUCACCCAGCUGUCCCCCUGUGCAGACACUCGGGCUUCGUUCUCCUGGGCGGUCGUGGGUCCGAAGAUUCUCGGGGUGGCUGAUGAGGCCGAACCAGUGUCUGUACCCUCCGAGCAAUCAUCUCUCACUUACACUACCUCGGUCGCCAAUGAUGAUGAUCACUAUCAGGAAGAACGCCAUGGAGACGACAAUGAGAACGGCAUUCCACUCCGUCUUGCUCUCGCUUAG